CUCUCUUAAUGUCAUAUGUGCAUGUGCAUACAUAUAUAUUCGUGUAUUCAAAACACUGAAGCAAUUUUUUAUAUUGGUGUUAGCGGAUGUUAGUAAGAUAUCAAUUUUCGUCUGCCAUAAAAUAACCUCAUUCGCUUUUAAAAAAUAACAGGUUUGAACAAUGUCAGAAGUUCAAGAAACAGUACCAGAAGCAACAGAAGCAACUGUAGAACAAGAUGCUGUAUCUGAGGAAGAUAAACAAUAUUUGACUGAUUAUAUAAAAGAAACAGAACAACGACUAAAUGCAAAAGAAGAACUUCGAGCAGCUAAUUUAAAUCCUAAUAGACCACCAGAAACAUAUUUCAGCAAAUUAGAUUCAACGCUGAAAAGAAAUACUACGUUUGUUAAGAAAUUAAAAAAUUUUAGUAGUAUACAAUUAGAUACAGUUCUAAAAGAUAUGACACAUUUAAAUUUGACAAAAUAUGUAAGUGAAGUUGCUACUGCUUUAGUGGAUGCUAAAUUAAAAAUGACAGAUGUUGCACCUGCUAUUAAGGUAUGCAGCUUCUUGCAUCAAACAUACGCAGAAUUUUCAACCCAUUUUUUUGAGAAUUGGCAAAGAAUUUUAUCUCUAAAGGUUGUAGACAAAAUUGCAAAUCCAAGCAAACUUAGAGUCGAUCUUCGAUUUUAUGCUGAACUGGUUAAUGCAGGGAUUUUCACCCAUAAGCAAGGAUUACCUCUGCUUGGUUCUGCAUUAACGGUUUUAAUUAAUAUGGAUAAAGAAGAACAUAACAAUGCAAGCAUCAUAUUAAGCUUCUGCAAACAUUGUGGUGAAGAUUAUGCAGGUCUUGUAUCUAAAAGAGUAAGAGAAAUAUCUGAAAAGUUGAGUAUAACUAUACCCAAAAGCAAAUUACUUUCUCCUGAUAAACAACAAAAUGUGAGAUUACUGUUACGAGAUUACUACAAUUCAUUAUGUAAACAUUUAUUAAAAGAACAUAAGGAUCUUCAAGCUUUUGAGAAACAAAAUCGAAAGAUUUUGCAGACCAGAGGCGAGCUAAGCUCUGAAAGAAAAGAAAAACUUGAGAGUCUUCAAGUAUCCUAUGAUCGUUUACUUAAUAAUGUGCAAAGCUUUUCUGAUACUUUAGAUGAACCUAUGCCAGAACUUCCUGUAAAUAGUGAGAUGAAAGCAGAAGCAGAAGAAUCGUUGAAAAUGAUUAGCGAAGGAGAAGAAAAUAGUAUUUUAGAGGAUAUGUGGGGAGAUGAAGAAACCAGACGAUUUUAUGAAGUUUUGCCAGACUUAACAGUAUUCCUUCCAGGAUCAUAUUUGAAAGAAGUACCUAAACAAGAUGCUCCAAUAAGCGAAGAAGCUUUAGAUGAGGAAAUAACAUUUGAUGAACUAGAAGAAACUGAAAAAGUAGACGAACCUGAGGCAGAAGUGGAGGAACCACAAGUUUCGAAUAUAAGUAAUAAAAUACUUCUAGAUGCAUUUAUAACGCAUUUACCAAAUUGCGUAAAUCGUGAAUUAAUUGACAAUGCGGCAGUACACUUCUUAAUGAAUCUCAACACGAAACAUAACAAGAAAAAGCUAGUGAAAGCAUUGUUUGGUGUUUCUAGAAUUCGUUUAGAUCUACUGCCAUUUUAUUCACGAUUGGCAGCUAUUCUUUAUCCUGUUAUGCCUGAUGUUGGCAAUGAUUUAUGUUCAAUGUUAAAACAUGACUUUAAAUAUCAUGUACGAAAAAAGGAUCAAAUUAAUAUAGAAUCAAAAGUAAAAGUUGUUAGAUACAUUGGUGAACUUGUUAAAUUUAAACUUUAUUCAAAGAUAGAAGCAUUAUAUUGCUUGAAAGUUUUGUUACAUGACUUUACACAUCAUCAUAUUGAAAUGGCUUGUAAUUUGUUGGAAACAUGUGGAAGAUACCUAUUUUGUUCACCAGACUCACAUCAAAGGACAAAAGUAUAUUUGGAACAAAUGAUGCGUAAGAAGGCAGUCACUGCAUUAGAUUCACGUUAUGUAACAAUAAUUGAAAAUGCGUAUUAUUAUGUAAAUCCACCAGAAUCUACUGGGGGUGUAUCAAAGAAAGACAGACCACCUAUUCAUGAAUUUAUAAGGAAAUUAUUAUACCAAGAUCUCUCAAAAACAAAUACAGAUAAAGUACUCAAAUGGAUGCGUAAACUAGAUUGGGAAGAUGAAAGUGUAUCAUCCUACGCUAUUAAAUGCCUCACUGCUGCAUACAAUGUUAAAUAUUUGAACAUUCGAUGUGUAGGAAGUUUAUUAGCUGGACUUGUUGCACAUUACGAAACUAUAGGUCCUCACGUAGUAGAUGGUGUGUUGGAAGAUAUAAGACUAUGCAUGGAAAUUAAUUUACCAAAAUUUAAUCAACGGCGUAUUGCUAUGGUUAAAUAUCUCGGAGAAUUGUAUAACUAUCGCAUGGUAGAAAGUGGAGAUAUUUUCCGAACGUUGUAUCUUCUGAUUACAUUUGGAGUCAGUAUGGAUCACUCCAUACCAAGUAUUUUAGAUCCACCUGAUCACCUUUUUAGAAUUCGAUUAGUCUGUACAUUAUUGGAAACUUGUGGACAGUACUUUAGUGGUGGUUCUAGCAAGAAAAAACUAGAUUACUUUUUAAUAUUUUUCCAAAAUUAUUAUUGGUUCAAAUAUACAGAUCCUAUUUGGACUCCAGAAAAUCCAUUUCCAGUGGGUAUAGAUUAUAUGUAUCGUGAUACAUUAACAAUGUUGAGACCAAAAAUGCAAUUGUUUCAAAGUUAUAAAGAAGCACAAUGUGCUGUGGAAGAAUUGCGAAAUACAUUAUAUCCCACACUUGGAAAUCCUAUUGCAGAGGAUGGUAUUGAACGUACUGAUGGAGAACCUGAUAUGGGUGUAAUUGCUGAAGGAGAUGAAGAUAUAGCUGUAACAUCUGGAAAUGGUAGUGGAGAUGCAAAAGGUGUGGCUGAUUUGCAUUUUGAAGAAUCUGAAGAUUGUUCUGAAGCACAAUCAGAAGAAGAUUGGACUGCUGAUGCAGAAAGAGAUUACACUAUGGGUACACAAGAAAAUACCCAAGGAGAUCAAAGUCUUUCAGAAGGUGGUACUGAUGGUGUUAUUAUGGAUGUUACAGAAUUAAAUGCAGCAUUACCAGCUGGCCCUAGAAGAGUAAGUUGUCCUGAAGAUGAUGACUUUUUGUCUGCUCUUGAUAAAAUGGUUUCAGAUAAUAUACAAGAUAGAAUGCGAGAUUCAGUGAAACCACAACAAGUGGAUAUUUCAGUUCCUUUGCAUGUAAAAAGUACUAAAAAAACAUACGAACAACUGCAAGAAAGACCUUCUGAUAAUAGUACAGUCGAUUUCGUACUUAUGUUAAGGAAAGGUAACAAGCAACAAUACAAGAAUUUAGCAGUUCCUGUGUCAUCAGAAUUAGCAAUGAAUCUUCGAAAUAGAGAACAGGAACAGAAAGAAGAGAAAGAACGAGUUAAAAGAUUGACACUGAAUAUUACAGAAAGACAAGAAGAAGAAGAUUAUCAAGAAACAAUUAACCAGAGUACCAGGCCAGUGACAGUAAAUUUAAAUAGAGAGCGACGACAAAAAUAUAAUCAUCCUAAAGGUGCACCAGAUGCAGAUCUUAUAUUUGGCCCCAAAAAGAUACGGUAAUCUUAAUGUUGUUGGAAAUCAGUACUUGUCAUGUUAGAGGAAAACAAGAAAUCUA